AUGAAGACACCACUCCCAAAAGCACUUCAGAAAAGGCAAGUGACCGCCAUUGUUUUCUUGCUAAUACUGUGGGAGGUGGGCAGUGAGACCAUUAAGUAUUCCAUUCUAGAAGAGAGAGACAGCGGUUCUUUUGUUGGCAACCUAGCAAAAGAUUUGGGGUUGGGCAUAGAGGAGCUGGUAAUGCGGGGCGCCCAGAUAUUUUCCAAGGGGAGCAAACAGCACCUGCAGCUCGAACAGAGGAGUGGGAAUUUGCUCCUAAAAGAAAAAUUGGACCGGGAGGAAUUGUGUGGGGACACAGAUCCAUGCAUACUGCCUUUCCAGGUGUUACUGAAAAACCCGGUGCAGUUUAUUCAAGGUGAACUACAGCUCCAAGAUGUAAAUGACCAUGCUCCAGAAUUCUUAGAAAAUGAAAUCCUUCUUAAAAUCGUGGAAAGCACCCCUCCAGGAGCCAUGUUUCCUUUGAAAAUAGCUCAAGAUUUGGACGUAGGUAGCAACACAGUUCAGAACUACACGAUAAGCACCAACUCCCAUUUCCACCUUCUCACCCGCAUUCACAGCGAUGGCAGGAAAUACCCUGAGUUGGUGCUUGACAGAGUGCUGGACCAUGAGGAGCAGCCUGAGCUCAGAUUAACACUAAGGGCACAGGAUGGUGGGUCACCGCCCAAAUCAGGAGCUUCCCAGGUUCUCAUUGUGGUCUUGGAUAUCAAUGACAAUGCUCCUGAAUUUGUUCAGGGGCUCUAUGAAGUGAAGGUCCCAGAGAACAGCCCUAUGGGUUCCCUUAUCGUCACCGUGUCAGCUAGAGAUUUAGAUGCUGGGAUUCACGGAGAGCUCAGCUACUCAUUUUUCCAAUCCUCAAGUCAAGUCAAUCAGGCUUUUGAAAUAAAUAGAGGAACAGGAGAAAUUAGAUUAAAAAAACAGUUGGAUUUUGAGGAUAUUCGAUUAUACCGCAUGGAAAUUCAGGCCACAGACGGUGGAGGUCUUUCUGGAAAAUGCACUGUAGCUCUAGAAGUGAUGGACAUUAACGACAACGCCCCAGAAUUGACCAUGUCAUCGCUUAUCAGUGACAUUCCAGAAAACUCCCAGGAAAUUGUGGUCGCCAUUUUUGGAAUUUCAGACCCAGACUCUGCAGACAAUGGGAAAAUGGUGUGCUCCAUCCAGGACAAUCUCCCCUUCAUACUGAAGCAAUCUGUAGAAAAUUUCUACACUCUAGUAACAGAGGGUCCACUAGACAGAGAGAGCACAUCUCAGUACAACAUCACCAUCACGGUUUCAGACAUGGGGACUCCCAGGCUGCAAACGGAGCACAGCAUAAGCGUGCAGGUGUCCGACGUGAACGACAACGCCCCGGCCUUCACGCACACCUCCUACACCCUGCGGGUGCGCGAGAACAACGGCCCCGGCCUGCACAUAGGCAGCGUGAGCGCCACAGACAGGGACGCGGGCACCAACGCCCAGCUCACCUACUCGCUGCUGCCGCCCCCAGAGCCGCACCUGGCCCUCGCCUCGCUCGUGGCCAUCGACGCGGACAGCGGGCAGCUGUUCGCCCUGAGGCCGCUGGACUACGAGGCCCUGCAGGCCUUGGAGUUCCGCGUGGGCGCCGCCGACCGCGGCUCGCCCGCGCUCAGCAGCCAGGCGCUCGUGCGCCUGCUGGUGCUGGACGCCAAUGACAACUCGCCCUUCGUGCUGUACCCGAUGCAGAACGCCUCUGCGCCCUGCACCGAGCUGCUGCCCAGGGCGGCCGAGCCGGGGUACCUGCUCACCAAGGUGGUGGCGGUGGACGGCGACUCGGGUCAGAACGCAUGGCUGUCCUACCAGCUGCUCAAGGCCACGGAGCCCGGGCUCUUCAGCGUGUGGCCGCACAAUGGCGAGGUGCGCACCGCCAGGCCGCUGAGCGAGCGCGACGCGCCCAAGCACAGGCUGCUGGUGCUGGUCAGGGACAAUGGCGAGCCGCCGCUGUCUGCCAGCGUCACGCUGCACGUGCUGCUGGUGGAUGGCUUCUCCCAGCCCUACCUGCCGCUGCCGGAAGCGGCGGCCGAGCAGGGGCGGGGCGACGCGCUCACCUUGCACCUGGUGGUGGCCUUGGCGUCGGUGUCGUCGCUCUUCCUGUUGUGUGUGCUGGUGUUCGUGGCGGUGCGGCUGUGCAGGAGGAGCAGGGCGGCCUCUCUGUCUGGCUGUGCGGUGUCCCAGGGCCACUUUCCGGGCCACCUGAUGGACUUCAGCGGUGCGGGGACCCUGUCCCACAGCUACCAGUAUGAGGUUUGUCUGGCGGGAGGCACUAGGGCAAAUAAGUUCAAAUUUCUUAAACCCAUACUCCCCAGUUUCUUGAGUGAAGGGGCUGAUUGGAACCCCGAGGAAAAUUCCAACUUCAGAAAUAAUUUUGGGGUCAAUUAA